AUGGAGCCCACAGAUAGCAAGGAGACUCGGCCCGAGCACAUUGACGACAAGGGCACGGCGCCCAACCUCGACAAUGUCAAGGUCCUCAACGACGAGGCCGCGCAGGCCACGGCGGCCGAGCAUAGCAUGACCCUCAUGCAGGGUCUAAAGACGCACAAGAAAGCCGCCAUCUGGUCCGUCCUGAUCUCCGCGACAAUCAUCAUGGAGGGUUACGAUACGCAACUUCUGGGCAACUUUUGGGGCUACUCGUCGUUCCGAAGAAAGUUCGGCGAGUACAGCGGCGAGGAGCACGGCUACCAGAUCAGCUCUGCCUGGCAGGCCGGCCUGAACGAUAUCAGCGGCGUGGGAAACAUCAUCGGAGCCAUGCUUAACGGGUACCUGACCGCCAAGUACGGACAUCGCAUGGUGCUGAUGGGCAGUCUGGCCUGGCUUGCUGCGGCCAUCUUUAUGGUGUUCUUCUCGCCCAACAUCGAAGUCCUUCUCGUCGGCCAGUUCCUGUGCAACAUCCCCUGGGGCGUGUUCGCGACAACUGGCCCGGCCUAUGCCGCCGAGGUCGUGCCUCUGGCUCUCCGUGGAUACCUCACCGCCUACAUCAACCUGUGCUGGUGCAUCGGCCAGUUCAUCGCAGCCGGUGUUCUCAAGGGCCUGAUCAACAACGAGACCGACUGGGGCUACAAGAUCCCCAUGGCCAUCCAGUGGGUGUGGCCCGUCCCGCUCUUCAUAAUCGCAUUCUUGGCCCCCGAGUCCCCUUGGUACCUAGUCCGGACGGGCCAGCUCGAGAAGGCCAAGGCCUCCCUGGUCCGCCUCUCCGAGCCGGAGGUUCACAACGACCACGAUGCUACAAUCGCCCUGAUGGUUCGGACCAACGAGCUGGAGAAGGAAGAGCGAUCUGGUACCUCUUACAUUGACUGCUUCAGGGGUACCAACCGCCGACGUACGGAGAUCGCCGUCAUGUGUUUCGUAUCCCAGAUUACCAAUGGUGGCGCUCUCUGCUAUACCGGAACUUUCUUCUACGAGCAAGCCGGCCUGAGCGCCGACCUCUCCUACAGCCUGGGUCUCGUCGGUACCGCCAUCGCCUUCUGCGGCGUAAUAAUCUCUUGGCUCUACAUCUCCAAGUGGGGCCGAAGGAGCAUCUGGCUCUGUGGGUUCUACGGCCUGCUUUGCUGCCUGUGGCUCAUCGGCAUCCUGGCCUGCAUCAAGCCCCAGACCCACACCCUCGGCCUCGUACAGUCGAUCCUCUGCAUUGUCUGGCUCGGCGUGUACUCCAUGUCGGUCGGGCCCAUCGUCUACACGAUCGUAGCUGAGAUCGGCUCCACUCGUCUCCGUACCCAGACCGUCGUCUUGGGUCGCAGCGCGUACUACGUCGCCAACAUCAUUGGCGGCGUGUUGCAGCCGUACUUCAUGUCACCUACUGCAUGGAAUGCCCAGGGAAAGACUGCCUUUUUCUGGGGCAGUCUUUCUCUGCUCACCACCAUGUGGGGCUUCUUCCGUCUGCCGGAGACCAAGGACCGCACCUUUGAGGAGAUGGAUAUCAUGUUCCAGCGCAAGGUGCCCUCAAGGAAGUUCGCCGACUACAAUAUCAACUCGGACGACAGAUAUCUUGUUCACUGA